UAAUUGUUAGAAACGGAAUUACGUUUCUCUUUUCGUCAGCAGUAGCGACCCAAGUCGACGCGGCAAAGAACUGCUUCUUGCGCAAUUUGAAUUUAAUUUCCGUGCAGGACGCCUUGAAAAUGAAUCUUGUUCAAAAAUUGCUUCAGGAUUUUGGCGCUGAUUCUGCCGUCUUGACGAUUGGCUCCAACGAAGGCAACAUGUCGUGCCAAAAUUACGAAUUGAGUUUCGCCUGGUGCAACCAGAAAAGAGAAAUCGUCCUUCCCGCGAUCAUGCAAGAAAUGAACAGUUUGGAAAUUGUUCAAAAAGGACUCACAGCGUGCAUGCUUAACGGGGCUGCCGUCUUAAAAACGUCAGAUUCUAAUUCAUUAUUUCCUUUUUUGUGCGAGCCAAAAGAUGAUUUUCAAGACUCUUGCCUCGCUCUUAAGUGCAACAAAGACAGCACAUUGUUUGAUGCAAACGGGAAUAUUAAAGAUGGAGAAAAGUACGGAAAGUGGACGCGCACCUGCGACAAAUCGUACCUUUUCACUAACAAGCUUCAACUCGACCAAAGCGAACUGGACGCUAAACUGGAAUUAUUGGACGGCGGGACGCGCAAUGGGCACCUGGGGAAGGUGGGCCUGGUGCCCGGGUGCCUUCAUCUUGCCCGACUCGCUUUCUUGGGCUCCGGGGCAACCGGACAAUAA